AUGUCAACCUUUAAAGUCCUCAUCGUUGGCGCUGGACCGACAGGUCUUCUUGCAGGUCUUGCACUGCAACGAGCAGGAAUUGACUUUGUUAUUCUCGAGAGACGCAAGGAAGCUGAUUUAAAUUGGGGAGCGUCUGUUUGUAUCUGGCCUCAAAGCGCUCGAGUACUUGACCAGCUAGGUCUACUCCAACAGGCCUAUGACCUUCACUUGCCCAUGAAGAGAAAGUGCAACCUCAAGCGCGACGGUACAGUUUUGGCCUGGAGUAAUAUGAUUAAGAACAUCGGACACUACCACGGACACGAAUGGAUGCUCUUCCAACGCGGCGAUCUCAUCAAUUUACUCAAGAACGAACUCUCCGACAUAAAGAACCAACUCCUCCUCGAUAAGCAAGUUUCUUCUGUGGUUUCAAACCCCGAUGGAGUUGAAGUGACCUGCGCAGACGGCACUUCGUACCGCGGAGACAUGGUGAUCGGCGCCGACGGCAUCAACAGCACAGCCCGUUCUUUUGUCAACGAGACCGAAUCAAAAGAGGCCGACACAAACGAAGAUUUCACAACGACGUUCUACGGCUUCUACGGCCAUGGAACAACUGUUUCGACAGAGUUAGAACCAGGAGUUGACUACGAAACCCACUCGGAGGGUUUCAGCUCACAGCUUAUUAUGCCAUCGCAUGAGAAAUACUUCUUCACAAUCUACCUCAAGCUCGAUAAGCCUACCAAAGGACGCUACUGGAUCACCGAUGAGCAAGCUGACCAGCUUGCGAAGCAGUAUGGUGAUAUUUAUUUGGCUCCUGGUGUUACCUUUAAGGAAGUCUGGGAGGCAAAGAACUGGACACAUACCGCCCCCUUUGAAGAGGGCGUUGCCAAGAAAUGGUCCAGAGACCGUGUGGUUCUACUCGGCGACUCAGUCCACAAGAUGACCCCCAACAUCGGUUUCGGUCUCAACACAGGCUGGCAAUCCACCGUCGUGCUGAUCAACCUCCUACGCAACCUCAUCCUCGAAACACCAAAACCAGACAUCAAAGACCUCACAAAGGUCUUCACAGAAUAUCAGAAAACCCGACAAGCCCAUGUCACCAAGGAUGUAGAGCUAGCAGGAACAUCGACCCGGGCUGUCAUGUGGGAUAACUUCCUGUGGAAGUUCUUGGAUGUGUAUGUUUUGCCAUACAUCAAUGGUGAUACCAUCUUGGCAAAGCAUAUGUGCUGUCCUACGGUAAAGAAAGCGGUUACUCUUAACUUUUUACCGGAGCCGAAUUUCAAGGAGGGGGAGUUGAAGUGGGAUAAUAAGCCUGUUGUUGUAUAA